GUAAGACACCAGGAAGUGCGGAAGGAGACGAAGACCGAAACCCAAACGGCUGAAGUUUUACCGACGAGUUUGUUUGUUUUUUUUGCCUCGUUUUUUGAGUAAGCCGUUUUGAUAGCAUUCGUUUCGUGUGUUUUGUGGAUUCCAGAAGAGUCGCGUCAAGAUGCCGAGCAUGGAAAAAAAUCUCUUCAACCUAAAGUUCGCUGCCAAAGAACUCCAAAGAAACUCCAAGAAAUGUGACAAAGAGGAAAAAGUAGAAAAGGCUAAAGUCAAGAAGGCCAUCCAGAAGGGGAACAUGGAAGUUGCGAGGAUCCAUGCAGAGAAUGCCAUCAGACAGAAGAACCAAUCUGUGAACUUCCUGAGGAUGAGCGCUCGGGUAGAUGCAGUGGCAGCGAGGGUCCAGACUGCAGUUACAAUGAACCAGGUCACAAAAUCUAUGGCUGGAGUGGUGAAAGGCAUGGAUGCCACUCUGAAGAGUAUGAAUCUGGAAAAGAUUUCAGCUCUCAUGGAUAAAUUUGAACACCAGUUUGAAACUCUGGAUGUUCAGACAGCCCAGAUGGAGGACACCAUGAGCAGCACAACAACGCUCACAACACCACAGAAUCAAGUGGAGUCGUUGCUGCAUGAAAUGGCCGAUGAAGCAGGGUUGGACCUGAACAUGGAGCUCCCUCAGGGACAGACAGGAUCAGUGGGUACCAGCGUGGCUUCUGCAGAACAGGAUGAACUGUCCCAGAGACUCGCCAAACUCAGAGAUCAAAUGUAAAGGACAACUGCAGUGGACUGGCACUGGAAAGCUGAGCUCUAAACGCCUGUACACUACCUGAAUAUUACUCCCAACACCUUUUAUUUACAACCUGUCCUUUCUCCUUUUAACGUGUGUCUGUGGAGGAGCUACUGUACGACUGCCCCUGUUGGUUCUGUGUACGUAACAACAUUACAGCGAUUAGAAUAAUUUCUUUGACAACUUUUUCUAAACAGAUUUGCUGGUAAAUGAACAUAUAUUUCUUGAAUAUAUAUAUAUUUACCGAUGAACAAUUCUUGUCACUCCUGAAAGAAACUGAAUGAAGCGUGCUCGCUAUUACCUUGUGUUAGUCAGCUGAUUUCAUAUGCUUGUGGAUAGAUUGCAGGUUUUUGUUGAAACCUUCAAGACUGCAGAAAACAUAUAUGCAUUUUUCUUUUCUUGCUAUCAGAGUGCGAAAAAAAAAUGAGCCCCUUUUUUGGUGAGUUCUUGUGUUGAUUUAUUGUAUUUAAUUUGCUCAAUAUGUUUGAAGAACCUGGACCGAGUGUUUGUCUAGUCGUCUUCAGCAUUUUGAUCUGAUUAUGUGGUAAGGGGUUGAAGUUUAAAAUGUAAGUAAACAAUAAAAUUUUAUAAUACUUGUA